UUUAGUAUUUUCACACCUUUUAAUAAAACAUAUUAAAACUUAGCUAUAAAUACAUAGUUUUUAUAAUUUAUAUUUCUUAUAUUUUUAAACCAAUAAGAUUUUAAGAAAUACAAUUAAUUUUUUAAAUUUCUCAUUUUUAGUUGAAAAAAAUUGCAUUAAAAAUAUAGAAUAUGUAUCUUUUUGAAACAUUUUUUUAUUUAGAAUAUAGAUCUUUUAGGAACGGAGAGAGUACUAUUUUCACCGAUUAUUACAUCAUAAUAUCUAACUAUAAUAAACUUUGAUAUAUUUUUCAAAAAUCAUUAUCACACUACAUUACAUAUAACUUAUAUUUCAAUCCAAAAAAUUGAGACUGAUUCAAUCAGACAUUAAUUUAAUCAAAUUUGAAAUAUUCUACACAAACAUUAAAUUUAUCGAUUAACAAAGCACGUGAUGUUAAAAUAAAGUUUAAUGGGGUUUAAGUGAUUUUUUAAUUGAAAUAAAUAUUCAUAUAAACUCAUUUAGUACAAUAGGUUUUAAAUAAGUUGUUCGAUUAAUUUUUUUGAUUAAAUAUGAUCUUACUUCAAGUUAGUGAAGACCAUAUUAAUAUAUAUAUAAAUGGUUGAAAACUUUAGAAAUAAAUUUUGAAAAUAAUUUCUGAAAUGUGUACGGCACAAGUGUAUAGUUAUGCAACUUUACAUAUUUAAUAUAGUUACUAAAAAAUAUUAAAUUAAAUUAAUAUUAAACAUGAAUUUGAUUAAAAACUCAAAUAGAAAAAAAUAAAUUUCUCAAAAAAAAUUAAAACAAAAAAAUAUACACGCCCUUUCAAAGGGCGGGUUAGAAACUAUUAAUUAUGUUAAAACUGUUUUUUGCUUUUUGAUUUUUACACGAGUCUAACAAUAAUGGUAUAUAUAAUCAAUACUAUCAAAUUAGGAACAUGACCUACUCAUAGGUGUGGUAUAAUUAUUUUAAUAAAAUUAUAAAAAUCUUUUAUUAAUUAUUUUAAAAAAUAUUAUACAAAGAAAAACACAGAUAUAACUAAAAACACAAAUAUAAAAACUAAAAAAUUUUAAAAUAUAAAACAAAAAUAUACCCGCCCUUUUAAGGGCGGGUCAAAAUCUAGUUAUUAUUAUUAUUGUUAUUAAGUUUUAAAGUUAAUAAGUUUUAUUAUUAAAGCUGAACGGAUUGUAUACGGUUUAUUAAGUUUACCGUUUGAGGUUGGUCUAUAUCGGGUAUGUAAAACAUUGCUUGUUCUUUUUUGUGCACCAAUUUUUUUAAUCAAAUCAAAGCAUGUUUGAUACAUAAGUGUUUAAAGCCUGUUUGGCUAAUAGAUCAACAGAUAAAACAGAGUUCCUAGGAACCCAAUGAAAAGAAACAGAGGUAAAGACCCCUGCUAAAGUCCUGAUAUUCGCUAGGAUUCCAUGCAAAUCUGAUAUGCGUGAAUAACCUUAAGGAUAAAAGACAUGAUACUGAAAACAGUAUUGUACACAUGGGACCAAUUCUUAAGAAUUGAACUCAGCGCAGCUUGAAUGGUGUUGUCCACUUUUCAAUCUUAUAGAUUUGCUGUGAUCUUAUCAACAAUUCCAACCCCAACACUUUUGAAUUCAUUUCUCUCUAUGAAACCAUAUUGCAUCAUCAGACCAUGAAAUAUAAAGUGGUAAAAUAAAAAGCUUGUGGUGUAUCUUUCGAUAUAUUGCUAAAACAUAAAACACCACUAAUUAAGUAGGGUGUUAUAUACAUUGUCAUGCUCCGCCAUUGGACUACCACUACCACUAAGUCAAUUUAAAAAAAAAAAAACUUUAGAUACAAUCAAGACUCAAAGUUUAUGAUUGUUUUCUUUUAACUUUCUCUCUUUUUUUAUAUGAAACCAUGUGAUAAUAUCAAUAUAGCAUUCACAGAUUUGAAGGGCAGAAAUUACAGCUACGUGGAGUCGAGGCAGCACCAUGGUAGUAUGGUAAGAUCCGUAACAAUAUCAACAAGAGGUUGGGUUUGUGUAAACAUCUGAGAAGCAGCCCAACAAGUUAUGCUGCUCAAGUUUCUUUUAUCGAUGACAUCACUCACAAUCUUCAAGUCACAUCUGAAAAUAAUUAAACAAUCAACAAUAAGCUCGAGUAGAUAAUAAAGGCGAGACCAUCAUGUCUGAGAUCAGGACCAAAGUGAAACUAAUUAAUCAGUAUCCGUACAUUAAAAUACAAACACGACACUGUUCAAACCCUAAAAUUUUUGGCUGGUUUGAUAGCUUCAUGUCCUGAAUAGAUCUGCCUUGCGAAUGGAGGAGACAGUGCAGUUCUCUUCGCCUCCCUAUCGUUGGGCCCAACAAGCAAGAAGACGUUAGAAAUCAUGUUCAUCGAUAAAGCGUUAGAGAUGAUGUAUAUACGAGUUACCUAGAGCUACCUGGAGUAAAAUGAAUCCAUCAAGAGGGCGAUCGGAGCUAGAUAAGUGACUGCGUGGUGAAUCGAAGAGCUUCCGCCGGUUUGAUCUAGUGAGGACCUGACGAUUUUGGAUAAUCAUGAUCUAGUGCGAAACACAUUUUAAAACGUUGUCGCUUCUUGCACAAGCAAAACUCUCAAGGUAGAGAUGAAACGACAUCGUACUGAAGUAAGCAUCGUUAUCAGUAACUCAGGCUAAUUGGCGUUCAAGAAAAGGAAACGACGUCGGUUUUGCGUAGCGAGAAUGACAUGAAACGACAUUGUAUCAUUUUUACAAACUCGGGCAAAUGAGCUGAUCUAAUGCGGAAGGCAUUGAAGAGUUGUUACAAAGAGUUGGUGUCGUCCUACUACAUAUGGUAACUAAUUACGUGGCAACUAACUACAUUGCACGAAGAGGUUUACUUAAGGAGGGAGGAUAUGCAACUAAUUACAUUGUAUGAAGAGUUAACGUAGAUCGUUCAGAGAAAGUGACGUUAAUAGUAUCCCAAAUCUCCUAUCAUCAGCUCAUCUUCCCCAGCAUUUCCUCGGAAAUCAAGCAAACAUGGCCUCGUCCUCAUCUUCCCCACCUCAAGUCCUCCCAGCUGAGGAGAUUCUACACAUAUGUCAAGAAACUACUCAAAAUCUUGCUCACAUUUUGUCAAUUAUUCCAAGUGAGUUACUCUCACUCAUCAUGUCAACCAUCCCAAAAUCUGAAAUCAAAGUGGUGAAGGGAUUAGAAGCAUCAUACGCACGCUGGCGUGUAUCUCGGGUUGUUCGAGAUAUAUUGAUGUCUAAGGAUUGGGCAAGUAUAAUGGGUGCUGGAAAAUUCCAAGGAUUUUGUGAGUCAUGUUGGGCAUUUGCAACGGCUGAGCUGGUCAGUGCAGUACUUUAUCUUAAGAGAAAAGACACUAAUUACACGGAAUACUCGGUGCAAGAACUUAUGGAUCGUGCUGAUAGAUCUAGGAUUGAAAAAUAUGGCAGAAAGGGCCACUUUUGCUACCGGUACAGCAUCAGGAGAGGUUUGGAAUAUGUACUAAAAAAUGGGCUUCAAAGGGCAGUUGACUGCCCGUACAAUCGAUGUCGAGAAGAAAGCCAGAUACCACCGCGUGCUCUUUACGGACUCGCACACAUAGACGGUAUUGAUAAAUUAUCGCUCAGCCAGGCACUUCUAAGGCUAGAAGAACAACCGAUUGGAGCAUCUUUGUUCAUAUUCAUGCCUGAUUAUGUAGACACUAAGGAGGGAGUUUAUCGUGGUCCUAUGACAAAUAGAUCUUUUUAUAAAGCAAUGCAUGGAGUUUCAGUGGUGUCUGUGGUUGAAGAAAAUGGAGAGAAAUUGUGGAAGGUUAGACUAAACCACGGUUCUAUGGCGGGACAUCAAGGGUACCUUAAGGUAUCGAUGGAGGUUAUGUUGGUUCGAGUCCCAACAGAAGGAAGUCAAUCUGAUGGUAAAUUUGACAAACCGAGCAUGUUGCUCACUGACUUUGUAUGUCCAAACGUGGUGUAGAUACAACUAUCCAAAACGAAUAAGGGGUGGAGACGAAGCAAUGGUGAUGAAGUAGAGAAGAGAAACGGUGGUCAUGAAGUAGAGAAGAGUUUCUUGAGAAACAAGUAAGGUGGAGCAAUGGAACGUUAUAUUAUUUUACUCGAACUGAAAUAAAUUAAUUGUUUCAUUUGGCGUAUGGAUGACUGUAAUAUGUUCUUCUGACAUCGAAAAGCCUUUUUUAUAUUGAUUUUCUAAAGCGAUAUUAUACGGGAUUAUCCAAAACACAUUAUAAACGUAUCAUAAAUAUACCAGAAAAAAAAACAAUUCAAAAGAAACUUUGCUUCCAUUGCAAGUGACCAUCGCGCUAAGAUGAUAACUUAAAAUGAGAUUAGGGAGUUCUGUUCGAUUCACAGGUCAUCAACGUCUACUGAUAAAACGGUAUGCAAGUGACCAUCGCGCUAAGGAAGCAAAGUUUAUAUGUGAUAAGUUAUCAUCGCGCUCUCACACACAUUCCCUAAUCUCAUUGUUGUUAGCGAUGCAAAGAAAGCAUUCAUCCACAUCCUAAAAGAAGAAAACAGAGCAUGAGACCAAUAACAAUU